AUGGCUACCAUUCGAAAAAGCCCUCUUCGUCCCUCAAUUCGCCUCUCCCCUGCGCACUCCCGCGAUAAUUCCCGCUCGACCUCCCCGGAACGAAACCCGGGCUCAGCAUACUCCAAAAUCGACCCUCUCCUCAGCAACCUGUCUCCCGAGUCAACCUUACAAGCCCUUACCUCCACCGAAGCUGUCCCCUCGAGCCAAUCUUUCUCCUUUGAUAGCCUAUCACGAAGUAUCUCACAGGUCUCACCCGCCGAACGGGCACUGGGCAUCCGUGCUGCUAUAGCUGCCCAGGAUUUGAACGUUUGGUAUAAGGAGGUCCAGUCGUGGAUAUGGCCGAAACACAACGAAGCGAAAGAUGGAAAGGGGUUCCUUCCGCCGACCCAACCGUAUGUCGCAGGUACGGUCUCCGUCCCGAGCUUACUGUUGCCCCUUGGUAGCGGUGAGUUCGAGUACUAUGGGAGUCUGCCAGCAGGCGUGGUCGAAGAGUAUGAGAAGAGGAUUGAGGAGAUACGCGAUGGAAUGGACAAUUUAAAUGUGGAGGAAUUAAAGGAACACGUUCUCAACGCUCACAUUCCAUCCCGAUCUCGCCCUUCCUCCUCGACCAGCACUAUUUCUGUGCCACCGCCGCUCAGCUAUGUACAGCUUAGCGACUUCACAGCCGUCGUCACUGCUACGAUUCUCCGCGCCCUUCCGUUCUUGUCACGAUUGAGCGCUCUCCUAACCACCUGGGACGUCCGUCUUCUUGUUCUGCGCCAGGUCCCGGGCCUUCUACGAGAACUAAGACUCAUUCGAUCUGCUCUAGACUCCUCUUUUCACGCAUUGCGCGCUUCAAAUUCCUCACAGCCCAGCAAUGAUCUUUUUUCCAAGUCCUAUCUACGCGAGGAACAUGCUAAACUCGAGUCUGCGGUUGUUGCUGUGGGCAGGCGCAUGGACCGUGCCUUGGACGCGUUGGAAGGCCGCCAGGAUUCUUUGCCUGAGAGUUGGAUCGACGAUUUGGAGAAGGUUGAGUCGGACUUUGCGGAGUGGGUAGUUGAGGCUGAGAAAUAUCAGCUUCGUGCGGAUUGGUUACGUGCAAAAGAAGAAGCCAAAGCUGCGGCUGCCGAUGCGAGUAAGGCUCAGCUGGAGCAGACCUCGCAAGAGCCGGAACUGGACUCAGCUCAAGCUAAGAACAUAACAGAAUCUUCAAGUAUUCAACAACCUGCCCAUGCGGAGACUAUUCAAAAGGAGCCUAAGCCUGAAGUUGGGGCACCCGCGGUCUCAGAUGUCGAGCAGCCUCAACCAGACAUCAAGGUCUCUACACCGAGUUCCACAGAGGACCCAGCUCUACCUACUCUAUCUAAACUGCAAAUAUCUCUCAACAUUCCUAAGGCCUGUGAAAAAUCAGGCGUGGAUGACGCUGAACAAAAACCCGCAAGUCGGUCCAAUGUCAUCGUUGCCGAGGACCUGGAAACACCAACACAAGCCAGCUUCUUCGCGGAAGCAUCUAUGGCCCCUUCAAUUGAAACUCCACAGGUAUCGCCAUCUCGGGUACCAUUACCAGAAACACCAAACAUCGAGGAUAAGGAGAACAUCCCUCCCGGGCUCUUGGAGCCACUAGUCUCAUCUUCCCCAACUCGAGAGGUGUCUAAACCCCAGGCCUUGAAAGAGCAUGAUGUUGAUGAAGACCCCUUCAUGCAAAGGCCUACUUCCUCCCGUACGGUCGAGGUGAACGUCGACCCUGUUCAAUCCACAAAAUCUAGCCCCAAAAUAAAAGACCAAACUGCCAGUUAUGAUGGUGCCUCGGAUAGCCACUCCGAAGAGCAUGAGAGAGAUAUGAAGGCCCUCGAUGCACUCUAUUCUCCCGAUCCAUUACAGGCAAAGGUUACCUCAACUAUCCCAACUGACUCGAUGGCCAGGCUCAUCAGCAAGUCUGAACCUCGAGUGUCAUUCAGUGUUCCAAAGGAGAUGGUUGCGUCGGAGCCAAGGACACUGCCGGUUGAAGCUUCCAGGAACCAUGGGCGGAGCUCUGUUUCUGGCCCUGGGCUUUUUGCGCAGCACCAGACUGUUCAGUCAGAAGCCCCAAAGCCUACCUCCUCCAAUACAGAGCCCACCAAUGUCAAGUCUCAGCCGCCGAAGAAGAAUAUCCCACAGCAACCAAGUUCUGCUCGGAAGCCGCUUCAAAGCCCUAUCAAGCUUGGGAAACCUCGGCCAGGAAAACUCAAUCUCGACAAGAAUUCCCAAAUACCGCGCCCUCGUCGACCAUCUACUGGGUCUGUGGGCUCUCUGCUUUCCGACAACUCCUCCUUGCUUUCCAGCACCGAUGCUCCUGAGCCUCAAACUGGGUCAUCGGGCGACCAGUUGACCCCUUCUCGCCCUGAUUUCCCAACAUCCCAACCUCUCAAGUCACAUGGUGCUUAUCUGCUGCGAAAGGAACGUCUCCUUCAUCUGGAGAAUCGAAACGACUCUUCUCACUCUGCCUUCCAGCCAAAUCGCUCGGUCAGUCUUCCUUUGGAGCGCUUCAUCAACGAAGAAAUAGCUUUCGAGCUGGAAAAUGGAGGAGCCCCAGACAUGGUCCAGCUUGGGUCGAAUACUAAGGGGCCAGUUUCUACCAAAUUCCCUCUCAACGGGCCUUCUACACCAACUACCCAAGUGCCUCUUCGUUCCUCCAGUCGCCGUCCAGCUCUCAGUCGGGGUAGAUCUUCGUCUGAUUUGAAGGCUGUUGCUCAGAAUUCAAGAACUAUAACCCCGGAUCUUAAACCUUUCGGCCAGAACACCGCCCAAAGAGCCGUGCAACACCAAGAGCAGCCAAAGUCUGCUCGACUACGCAAGCGUCUGACCGCUCAUCCCAGCCUGGAGAGCCUCGGUGUGAGAAAGCACGAGCUGUCAUAUGUCGAGGAAGAUGAUUCAGAGAUGACGGAUAUUGGCUCUCGUGCCUCAUCGCCAAAUAGGCUGUCUGGAAAACCGAGGGAUCGUCUUGAUGAGAAGAUCAACUCCAUCCUGAACACCAUUCCUGGUCGCAUCCACCUUGUGGAUCCCAACAACGAGGCGGAAACUUCUUCCUCGUCGUCUUCCAUGGACCGAAAAAUGCGAGAGCGCUGUCUGUCCGAGUCUCCACAUGGACCACCAUCUCGCAGUAUGACCCCUGCUCCUGGUCUUACCCUCAUGCCCGCUUCUAGGAGGCGCUCUUCGUACGCCCAUAAGACCGAGGAUAGCUGCGUCAAGCUGUACCAUCUCCACCACGGAGGUCAGUCAGCACCUACGAGGCUUUUCGUUCGCACUGUGGGUGAAGAAGGCCAGCGAGUCAUGGUCCGUGUCGGUGGUGGCUGGGCUGAUCUUGGAGAAUACCUUCGCGAGUAUGUCAUCCACCAUGGCCGCCGUAAGGUUUCUGAGACACCUCGGGUGGAGGUUCAAGGCUUCGGACCUCGUACAUCACCAGGUUAUUCACCCGGCAAUAGGCUCCAACCCGGGGCGCCAACCCAUAUCACACCCGGUCGAGCUACCCCCUCUCGACCCCCUUCUGCUCUUAGCGCCCGCCCGCCCUCGUCACUCACCGUCCGCAAAGCCCGACGAAGUUCCAACGCAUCCGAAAUAUCAACAAUGGCUCCUCGCGCGGUGACAACUGGAACAUUGAAUUCUUUCACCUCUCCGCCUACCGCAUCCGCGGGCAACCGUCGCCUCUCUAUGUCAUCUAGCUACUCGAUUGGAGAUAUCCACGUACACUCCCCCGCAAACACCACCUCUGGCCACUCCGACUCCCAGGCCACGCCUCUAGGUCUAGCAGGCCCCAAGCCUCGCUCACGGCAGAUCUCAAUGAGCCCCGAGGGUGAAGCCUGGGUUGAAGAUGUUCUCCAGCAAACCCGGCGCUCCAGCUCCGUCAACCCCCCGCCUGUUCCAUUGAAUAUGGCACUAGAACACGGCGUAUCUGAAGGGCAAGAUGCGCAUGAGCAAGCGCAUGAGCAAUCGCAUUCUCUCCCCAAAAUUCGCAGCUUCGGUGACAUCGGCUCAGCCGGUACAAGCCGACGCAUCGUCCUAAAAGGACUCAACGGUCGCCGAUAA